AUGUAUCAUGGCGACUUCCCCCACCUAGUGGUAUGCAAUGUGUCGUGGAGUGGUCUAAAAAUUAAAAUUUUGGAUCUCAAAACCCAAAUUUUUCGGUCUCUGGCUCACUCCACACACACUAGCAUUGAUGGUAAUGCAUGCAAGCAAACAUCCGAGACUCAGUGAUGGGUUCCACGACAGGAACGAAGCCCGUCCUUUUCAGACUGUGGACAGAUUUCCAGCCAAAAGCCACAGUGGGAACAGUGACGCAACCAAGGGGUCAAUGCCCUCCUCCAAGACCGGCGAGCGUGCCGACCGUAGCGCUGACCACCAUGAUGACCACAAGGAGAGGUUACAUAUCUCCAGCAAAGACUCGCCCAAUCAACAUCGUCAGUCCAUCAGUCCGGGGUCCAGGCAAUCCAAUGAUAGGAGUAGCCCUCGUACAUAUCGUAAUAAAGAGUCCUACCUGCACAGACAGAGGGAGAAACAAAAGUCAUUGGGCAGUUCACCAGCAGAGAACAUGGUUAAUCACCACGGUACAAAUUCCCAUGUUACAGAUCAUGAAAAACACAUCAAAGCGAUUCUGGCCAAAGCCGGUGAGUGGACUGAGCACACCAGUUCCUCGGGGAAAAAAUAUUACUACAACUGCAGGACGGAGGUUUCACAGUGGGAGAAACCCAGAGAGUGGCUUGAAAGAGAGAAACUUCAGAGAGCUCUUGGAGCUAAGGAAAGACCCGCUGCCAAAGAUUCACCAAGACCAGCUCAAAGUGGAAAUGCAACACCUUCAAAACCUGAUGCUAACAACAAGCAUUCCAAUGAGUCGGCCAGAGAAAAACCAAUGCCGUCCCCUCUACUGCUCCAACAACCACAGCAAGCCAAUAGAUUUCCGGAACGACCCUCCAGCAAGACCCAGGAGAGAUCGUCAUCCAGACCCCAAGGCCAGGAGAGGCCGGCAAUUACCAGCACCAGCACACUCACUCGGUGCCACAGCACCAGCACAAGCAGCAGCAAUAGUAGCCAGAAACGGCCUUUGCAGUCUAACCAAACACCUUAUAGGAAUGAAGGGGUGCGCACGGAACGAGACCGGAGACAUCAAGACGGUGAGCACCGGGAGCAUAGAGAACAGUCUAGUGUUAAUGAUAAAGCACGCAGUGGGGGCACUCCAAGUGUUGUGCAACCUAGUGCCGCUGUUGGCCCCGGUGGCAGUGUUAGUGGACUUUCCUUGGCCACGGACAUUUAUGGUAGACUUAAACCUCUCGUCUCCUACCCAAGGGGUGAUAAAGACCGCACAGCGUCCGCUGAGUCACCACGAGUAAGAACCACCCCAUCCCCAGGCACACCAACAGCUACCCCUUCUCCCUUGCUGUCGAAGCCGACACACAAUAACCAGCAAAACCAACAAGGUCUCCACCCACCAGCUGCUCACAAGUUAUUCCCAACCCAUUCUCCGUCAUUAGAUAGACACGGCCAUCCCCACCAUCAGAGUGACAGGCUGGAUGAGGCUUUUGAGAGAUUAUCCAACCAGUCUCCUAUCUCGGUUGCUUCUGUCUCGGAUCUCUCCUCCCCAGCCAUCUCGCAGGUGUCCCCGCGCAACCAGUUGUCCACAACCCCACUCCAGUCCCACUCGCAACCUCAGCCCUCCCCGCAAUCCAGGAGUAACUCCCAGUCGAGAAGUAACUCCCAGUCGUCUCAAUCCAAAAGUAACUCUCAGUCGCACUCCAAAGGGGACUCAAGAGCAGACACGCCGACCUGUCUCGCUCGCGAGUCCGCAUUGAAGUUGAGCCAGGAGUCCUUAGAUACCAAGCCGGAGGUGUUGGAUUCUGAAGAAUGCAAGUCAGUUGGUGAAGCUCCGCCAACGGGGGAUAGUAAACAACCCAGCCCAGUUUCGUCAAGUCCAACACCAAGCCAGACCUCGAGCCUAUCAGGGACGGGCGUGGCCAGCCUACCGACCACACCCCAGAAACCUGCAGUGGCCACGUUAACACCAUCAUUAGCAUUGUAUCACGAGGAAUCCUUAACCAAGCAUAUUUGUGGCUGGCCCUCAGAGAUCCUGGAGAGACAAGCCCAAAGACUGUUUGAAGAGUCCCACACGCUAGGUGCAGAACUCUGUGCGCAGGUUUCGGCUGAUCUCAAGUUUGCGAGGUCAUUAGUUAGGGCAUCAGAGAUCCAAGCAACACUCCAAGAGCAAAGGAUACUGUUUCUACGGCAGCAAGCAAAGGACUUAGAAAAACUACGACAUGAGAACGCUUACAUGACAUAGUAUUAACCUCAACGGCAGCUGUUGUAACUGCUUGGUAAUUGUAUAUAAUUAUAUAAACGAAAAAUGUAGGAAGGUUUACUCCACGCAACAUCACUUACACUCAUCGUAACAUGUUUAUUUCUUCCUGCCAGACUAUAGGCUUGGAAGGUGGCUAGAAGGCCCUUUAAUCUCCAAACUGUUUUCAAUAAUUACAGUCAAAUCCUUUCUAUGUGACUGUUUCAAUAGAGCUACCUUUGGUGAGAUUGGAGUACUUCGUUGAUCGCAGAUUACACAAAACUGCUACGUGGCUUAAACGAAUUGUUAUUAAGUCCAUUGCAAAAUUUAUGUCGGAUAAAAUCAGUAGGAUGACACUAAAAAAACUAUAGCGUUACUAAUUCCCCACAUUGACAAAUCUAUGUGAAUGAAGAGAGGUUGAAUUUAAACACUUGACAAUCAUUGUAGCCCAAGCAAACAGUUUGUUUCUUAUGUGCCAGCAUGUGCUAAAACUUACUAAAGGUAAAGACAAAUAAUUUGGUAAUGAAAAACUUUAAUCACUAUUUUCCGCCGAUCAAUUCUGUGAACUUGGGCUCAUUGACCUUUGUGUAUCUUUCAGUCUUUGAUCAUUCACCAAAGUUGUACAUGGUUUUAAAGGGUUCGGACCCAAUUCAAUAAAGGUGUUAAGCAGAUUGUUUAACUCAUUUGCUUGUUUAGCACAAAAAAACCUUAAUUUUGCUGUCCACCCACACAAGUGUGUAAA